AUGGGGGGCGAGCAGGAGGAGCAGGCGCUUGCGGCGACGGAGGAGGCGUGCCGCGUCUACGUGGGGAACCUGCUGCCCAAGGCCAAGGAGAGCCACCUCACAAGCAAGUUCUCGCGCUUCGGGACCAUCCACAGCCCUCCAGGCUUCGCGUUCGUGCGGUUCGCGGCUCCCGACGCGGCGCAGCGAGCGGUGGAGUCCUGCCGUGAGGAUGGCGCCAUGGAGAUCCUGGGGAAGGCCGUGCGCGUGCAGAUGGCGGGGGACAAGUACCGCAAGCCCUCGAUCGGGGGCGAGGAGCAGCAGAGCCAGGCA